AUGUGUGACCACAAAGGAAUAUUUAAUACCUCUGGGAGAAAAUACCAGAGAUAUUAUAAGAAUAAUGACAGUUUAUGGUGUGAAACGGAGAAUUCUGCCCUGAAAACGCUUCUUGACAGCCUUUCUCAGCAGAUGAAGGUUUCUUUCUUGUCCGAUCUCACCCAGACGUUGCAUUGUUUCACUGCGUUGACCGAGAAAUUCGUGCAGAGGAGCGGCGUGGACAGAGGCACUGAUGAGCUGGCGCAAACGCUCAAUGAGUACCUGUGUGACAUUUUGGAGGAGUUCCUGAUUUUUGGAGGAGACAUCUUGAAGUUUGCUGGAGAUGCUGUGCUGGUGCUGUGGAGAACACCACCCCAGGAGGUGGCCAGGACCAUCAGCCUGGUGCUGCACUGUAGCCGGCAGAUCCAGAAGAAGUACGGAAGGCGUGACACAGAUGUGGGGCAGAAGAUCCAACUGAAGAUAGGGAUCUCUGCAGGGACCAUGAGCCUCCCGGUUUUCGGAGAUGAGAGCUGGCAACACUUCUGCAUUUUUGGCCCGUGCCUGGCUGAAGUUCGUGACGCCGAAGAGGUUGCGGGUGCAGGUGAAGUUGUCCUCUCGGCCACCUGCUGGGAGCUCUGUGAGCAGCACCGGCUGAGGACCAAGCAUCUCGCAGGCACAAGAGCUGUGCAGGCAGGUGGAUGGGAUGGCCUCGAGAGCCAUUCUGAGGGCCUGGGCCUGGCCAUGAAGGAGGGAAGUGUGACGGGCAUGGAUCCGAUGCCUUGGUCCGAAUGCCAAGACGCCUUACGCAAGCUCGUACAAGACCCAGUGAGACACCGCUCAAAAAGGGAAGGUGCCAUGAGGCCUGCUCUUCUCUUGCCCAGUGACCUGAACGCCAAGGAUGUGCUUAGGAAGUACAUACCAGUCGCUGCUCUCGGGAAGCUCGAUGCAGGACUGCCCAUGGAUCUCCUCUCUGAGCUACGGCCAGUCACCUGCAUCUUUGUCCAGCUGCAGCUUGCUGCAGGUACCAGCUCGGAGCAUCUCAGCACCGUCCUCAAGGAGGCCAGCAGGGUGAUGCUAGAAAUCCUCUCUCCUCACAAGGGCCACAUCAACAAAGUCCUCCUGUGUGAUAAAGGCUGCACGUUCCUCUGCGUGCUGGGACUCCCUGGAAACAAGCUGCCCUGCGAGAGCAUUCACGCCCUGCAGAGUGCUCUGGAGAUCUUCAACUCGUGCUCCACCAUGCUCAAGGAAAGAGAGACAAUGUCUGUGGCAGUUACCAGAGGGACGAUGUUCUGCGGAGUCACUGGCCACCCGCUGAGACAUGAAUACACAGUCCUUGGCCAGAAGGUGAACUUGGCUGCCCGGAUGAUGGUGCACUACCCUGGGCUGGUGUCCUGUGAUGCAGUGACUUACGCCGCCUCCCGGCUGCCCGCUUCCUACUUCAAGGAGCUGCCGGAGAGAGAGAUGAAAGGCCUCAGCCAGCCUGGCCCUGUCUAUCAAUACGUGGGGGUCACUGAGGAGAGCAUCUUUGGCGUGGGUCUUACCAAGAAGAGGUCGGAGUACGUCCCCUUGCUGGGUCGGAAGCAGGAGACUGACCUCUUUGUCAGCUGCUUGAACGCCUAUAGGGAUUCAGGCCAAAGGAACAUCCUGGCGGUUGAGGGCACGAUGGGCUGUGGAAAGAGCCACUUACUUUCUGAACUGGCCUCUCUAGGCCAGGAUGCUGGCCACAGCGUGGUUGCCCUGGAACUGCUGGAGAUCGACAUGAGGCAGCCCUUCUCUGCCAUCCGCAUGCUGAUGGCCAGGGCCCUGGGCCUCCAGGACUGUGAAUCGCGCGGCGACAGGCAGCGCGUGCUGAAGACAAAGCUGCAAGGGACAAUCGAAGAGAGCAGCUACUGCCUCCUCAAUGACAUUUUCUGCGUCAAGUUUCCCAUUUCGGACAACGAUCGCGAGAUGGAUGAAACUCAAAGAAAACUGGAAUUGCACUCGACUCGGCUGAAAGUGCUGGAGAAGACCCUUACAGGAGAUUUUGGCAUAUUUGUCAUCGACAAUGCCCAUUUCAUCGACCCUGACUCCUGGUUCAUCAUGUCACCCAUGCUCCAAACAAUCUCCCUCUUCAUGGUCAUGAGCUUAGCCCCGGGCUACGAGAUAACAGAGAGCUUCCGCAAAGCCGCAGCAGACAACGCCAUGUCCCAGAAAAUCACUUAUCUUCAUCUGGACAAGCUGAAAGCUUCAGUUGUGAUGCAGAAAGUCUGCAAUGACCUCGGAGUGGUCAGCAUCCCCAGGGAUCUGGUGAGGUUCCUGAUCCGAACCAGCUCAGGGAUCCCAUAUUACUGCGAGGAGCUGCUGCGCUGCCUUCGUGCCAACGACAUGCUCCAGUUCUGCACCCGGAGGCAGUCUGGAAAAGCAAAGGACAACUGGGAGAGCCUGAUCAUCGAGGCUUCAUCCCUCGCAGCAACCUGGAGCUCCGACGCGGGGAAUGACGGCAGGGUCUGCCUCCUCAGGCCAGGCGUGACCCUGGAGAACACCGCGCUGCCCAUCCCCUUGAAAGAGAUUGCGCUGACUCAGCUGGAUCGGAUGCAGCCGCUGACGCGGAUGGUUGUGAAGUUUGCAGCCAUCAUCGGGCCGGUGUUUACCACCCAGCUCCUGUCGCACAUCCUUCCCACUGGCCUCAGGACCCAUAUGAAUUCCUCGUUGGACGAGCUGGUGAGCGACAACAUCCUGAAGCGGCUGAAAAACACAGAGGUGCCAGAAGAUGUGCAAGAUCCUACCGAGGGGCCAGCCACCUCUUCGCAGGUGGAGAGCGGUGUGCAGAGGCCCUCUCCCAGCACGAGGACCGAGGAGCAGCAGCCUGGCGUCCUGGCCUUCUGCGUCCCACUGCUGCAGAAGGCUGCGUACGAGCUGUGGCCCGAGAGGCAGCGAGUCGCCUUGCACGGCAAGUGUGCCGCCUUCCUGGAGCAGCACGCGCACAAAUGCAGGAGCUGCGGCCAAGGGGAGUUUGUCGCCUUCCACCACUUCGCCGUCACCAGCAGCCAGGAUGGAGGCAGCUGUCGGGACCCUGCCGACGGAGGCGACUCAUGCAGCUGGGAGGCCUUGGUGCUGGCUGGAGAAGAGCUGAAGCGGGAUAGGACCCACGCCACUGGGGGUACGCUGUGCACCGUGCUCCACAGCCCGGGCCCUCCAGGAGCCCAGGGGUGUAUGCUGGGGAUCGGCUGGGAGGAGGUCUGCCGGGGACGAGCCCAGGCGCUGAGGACAACCACCGCAGACUUUGCUCAGCAUGUCGGCACCCUCGCAAGGGUCCUUGAAGCCCAGUGGGAGAGCGAGAGCAGCUCUUCCCCUGGGGCAGGCGAGGAGGUGUCUAACCCCCUGUUUUCUUUGCAGAUGCCACAGAGCAGCAGGCUUUCACGGAGGAGGAAACUGGAGGGCGAACAGACAACUGAGCUGCCCGACGAGACCGACAGGCAGCACAACGGCACACACUGGUGUGAAUGCCGAGCCAUCGUGGAAUCGGUGCUUGUGCCUUUGGCUCGCCACUACGUGGCAAUGGGCGAUGCCGACCGAGCCUUUUACUACCUUCUGGAGUGUGCUGCUGCCUACCUGCACGUCUCCAACAGCUACAUGGCCCUCAUGAAACUGAACGAAGCGGAGGUCCUGAGGAAGAUGAAAGCCACUGCGAUAGCCUGCUUUGAAGAGGCCACCUUCUUCAGCCUCAAAGGGGAGGUUUGCUGGUGUAUGCAACGUCUUCAGCUGGCAGAGACAAUGAUGAGGGAGGCUUUGAGCUUGCUCAGAAGGAACUUCCCCGAGACCUCCCCUGGCGCCUUUGUCAAGGCUCAGGUGGAAAAGUUGCCUUGUGUCGCUUACGUGAGAGCAGCCUGCCUUCUGCAGAAGGGCCGGAUGAAGAGGCUGGCCUGGCUGCUGCAGCAGAGCUGCUGCCUUUCCUUACUGGAGCGCCUCUUCAGCCUGGAGGGCACUUCCAGCGGAUGGAGGUUCUCCCGCCUGGCAGCGCGCAUGAAGGCCAACACGGACAGGGCGUUGGACUCCUGUGCAGAUGCCGUUGUAGAGGCCGUGGCAGACACAGAUACCGCUGCAGACGCCCUUGCAGAAACCAGAUGUAGACAAAACCGGAGUGCAGAGAGCAUUGCAGAUGCCCUUGCAGACAGAGGGAGCGUUGCUGAUGCAGGUACCAUUUCAGAGGAAGGCAUCUUUGGGGAUGCCGGUGCGGAUGCAGAUAAAAUUGAAGAUGGAAACGCAGAUGGAGACCACGUUGCAGGUGCUGUUGCAGAAAGAUGA